GGUAGUGGGGGAAGGUUUGGUGAAGCCUCAGUGAAGGGUGGACUCAUCCACAUUGCCUUCCUCAAGGAGUGGAAUAUUGGGUAUCGGGUCGAGCCUUCUGCAGCUGGAGGGGAAUUGGGGUUGCAGGAGUGGGCGGCUCUCAGGUUUGCACUGUCCAUUUCCUUUAGAAGAACUCUUUAUUUUCCCUGGCGGAUGAAUCAUUGCAACAGAAAGAGUGUGCCCAUGGGAGGAAGAAUUUAAAUGUGGAAGUUAUUUCCGAGCCUCCCCCAAAGGACCGAGGGAGACACGUCAGCCUGGCAGCUCGUCAGCGGCCGUUUUUCAAAGCCUUUUUAUUUCGUAAAGAUAAUGAGGAAAAAUCAUUAUCAGGCUCCCACGUGGAUACAGAUGUUAAUCCAAGACGACAUGCGGGCCCCUCACCAGGGGCGACUGGGAGGGCAGAAGGCACUUGCUAUUAACGAUAAAUAAGCCCCUGUUGACUGCUUGUGGUUGCUUCUUUGGGUUUCCUCUUGCUCUAGUUUUUCAAUUGUUUUUCCUCCUUUCUUUUUUUUAAAUUAAUUUUCUUUUUUUUUUUUUUUUUUUGCUUUUUAGGGCCGCACCGAGGGCAUAUGGAAGUUCUCAGGCUAGGGGUCAAAUCGGAGCUAGAGCUGCCGGCUUAUGUUACAGUCACAGCAACGUGGGAUCCAAGCCACGUCUGCGACCUACACCACAGCUCACCGCAACACCGGAUCCUUAAACCACUGAGCGAGGCCAGGGAUCAAACCUGCGUCCUCAUGGAUACUAGUCACAUUCGGUUCACAUUCGGUAACCGAGCCAUGAAAGGAACUCCUUUCUUUUUUUAAUGGCCACACAUGCAGCAUAUGGAAGUUCCCCAGCCAGGGAUAUGAACCCAUGCCUCCGCAGCAACUGGAGCUGCUGAGUUGGAUUCUUAACCCACUGUGCCAUAGCAGGAACUCCCAAUCUUUUUCCUUUUUAAGGAAUGAAAUUCACCAGGUUGGUUGGGUUGGUAUGGGGAGGAGGAAUAUCAGGAUUUUCCAGCCAACCUGGGGCCUGUAUUCAGGCCAUUCCUCAGCUCAUUGGAAGAGGUCAUGAUUUUAUUUUGAGAAAACAGGGGCCUUGCAACACAGCAGGCUAAGAGUAGUCAUUUUGUGGAAAAUUCAUGAUGAUCCAGACUGACCCGGUGGGCCUCUGAAGGCCAUACAAAGAGCUCAAAACUAAAAAGAGCCUGAAGAGGUAGGCUGAGCAGUGAUUCUGUCUGUGCGCCCCCAGCCUGUUUUUGUAAAUAGUUUUAUUGGGACACAGCCACGCUGACACACUGGCUGCUCUCCCACUCGUAUGGCAGAGCUGAGAGAGGCCAUAGCAGAGACUGGAUGGCCUGCCUCUAAAGUCAUCAGCAGGUGGCCCUUUACAGAGAAACGUGGCCACCCCCUGCCUUAGGAGAAGGACAUACCUUUCCAUGUAUGUUGCAUGCGGCCUUCUCUGGAGCUCCAGAGUGAGCUGCCUAUCCCGGGGGGAGGGGUGUCUGUCCCCUGUAAGAUACAUUCAUCUCCUGUCUCCUGCUGACACACUGUGGGACCCAGGGCAGAUGCAGCACAAAAAAACACAUUGCUCCUUACUAGUCCCUGUUCAUCCAAGGCCAGAGCCCCUAUCAGUCGUAGGUGCCUACAGAAAUAGAGCUCUUGGAGGCAGAAAUCUCACCUAGGUGGUGGAGGUGUCCUUGGCAGACACUGCUUGUGUCCUUCCUUCUGUUUAAUUUAAGUCACUAGAUAUUCACCGAGGGUCCUUUUCACCUGUGUUUCUUCUGCUCCUUCCCUCAUAUCUGCAUAAGGGCCUAUGUUUCUAUCAACUUACCAUUAGAUGCAGUGAGCAGCACCCCUGUGCACAUGUGUGUCUGUCUUUGCACCAUGCUUGCGUGUGCGCGCACACACACACACAGAGAAACACACACACAGUUUUCGACACUGACCAGCAGGCGGAAGCUCUCACUCCAAAGACAUGUUACAGGCUUAAGCACCAGUUUCCAGUGCUGGCUGUUUACCUCCUUGUCAUUAAUGCUAUUGUGAUUCAUAGUGACUAUAUAUUUUUUAUGCCCUUUUUUGUACCAGGGACAGGUGAGUCGGGCUCCCACUCCUGCUUGCCAGCAGCCACCACGUGGUCUCUUCAGGAAAAACUGCAGAGGAAAUCUCAUGGAUGAAGAUGAGAAAGACAGAGCAAAGAGAGCUUCUCGAAACAAGUCUGAGAAGAAGCGUCGGGACCAGUUCAAUGUUCUUAUCAAAGAGCUCAGCUCCAUGCUCCCUGGCAACACGCGGAAAAUGGACAAAACCACCGUGCUGGAAAAGGUCAUUGGAUUUCUGCAGAAACACAAUGAAGUCUCAGCACAAACGGAAAUUUGUGACAUUCAGCAGGAUUGGAAACCUUCGUUCCUCAGUAAUGAAGAAUUCACCCAGCUGAUGUUGGAGGCUUUAGAUGGCUUCAUCAUCGCAGUGACAACGGACGGCAGCAUCCUCUAUGUUUCUGACAGCAUCACGCCACUGCUUGGGCAUCUACCGUCAGAUGUCAUGGAUCAGAAUUUGUUGAAUUUCCUUCCAGAACAAGAACACUCAGAAGUCUAUAAAAUGCUUUCUUCCCAUAUGCUGGUGACGGACUCCCCCUCCCCAGAAUACUUAAAAUCUGACAACGAUUUAGAGUUUUAUUGCCAUCUUCUCAGAGGCAGCUUGAACCCAAAGGAAUUUCCAACUUAUGAAUACAUAAAAUUUGUAGGAAAUUUUCGCUCUUACAACAAUGAACCCAGCCCCUCUUGUAACGGCUUUGACAGCGCCCUCUCGAGACCUUGCCGAGUCCCCCUGGGCAAGGAAGUCUGCUUCAUCGCCACUGUUCGCCUGGCAACACCACAAUUCCUAAAGGAAAUGUGCAUCGUUGACGAGCCUUUAGAGGAAUUCACUUCAAGGCAUAGCUUGGAAUGGAAAUUUUUAUUUCUGGAUCACAGAGCCCCUCCCAUCAUAGGAUACCUGCCUUUUGAAGUUCUGGGAACCUCGGGCUAUGACUACUACCACGUCGAUGAUCUGGAACUCCUGGCCAGGUGCCACCAGCACUUGAUGCAAUUUGGCAAAGGGAAGUCGUGUUGCUACCGGUUUCUGACCAAAGGGCAGCAGUGGAUUUGGCUGCAGACGCACUACUACAUCACCUAUCACCAGUGGAACUCCAAGCCCGAGUUCAUCGUGUGCACGCACUCAGUGGUCAGUUAUGCGGAGGUCCGGGUGGAGAGGAGGCAGGAGCUGGCUCUGGAAGACCCGCCGCUGGAGGCCGUCCACCCUUCGGCACUAAAGGACAAGGGCUCCAGCCUGGAACCUCAGCAGCACUUUAAUGCACUCGAUGUGGGCACCGCGGGCCUUAACACCAGCCACUCACCAUCGGCAUCCUCAAGAAGUUCCCACAAAUCCUCGCGCACAGCCAUGUCGGAGCCCCCCUCCACCCCGAGCAAGCUGAGGUCGGACACCAGCACCACGGCUUUGCCACGAUCAGCCCCAGAGCUCCCCGGACCAGGGCUCAACCAGGCAGCCCCCAUGCCGGCUCCCCUGCCUGCCCCAUCCUCCUGUGACCUCACACAGCAGCUCCUGCCCCAGACGGUUUUGCAGAGCUCACCUGCCCCCAUGGCACAGUUUUCAGCACAGCUCAGCAUGUUCCAGACUAUCAAAGACCAGCUGGAGCAGCGGACGAGGAUCCUGCAAGCCAACAUCCGGUGGCAGCAGGAAGAGCUCCACAAGAUCCAGGAGCAGCUCUGCCUGGUCCAGGACUCCAACGUCCAGAUGUUUCUGCAGCAGCCAGCUGUAUCCCUGAGCUUCAACAGCGCCCAGCAGAGGUCGGGCCCAGGCCCCCAGCCCCAGCUUGUGGCCAGCCCUCAGCUUCCAGGCCAAAUGGCUCCUGCCCAGGCCACAGGCCAGCACCUGCUCAGAGAAUCGAGCGUGAUAGCAAUCCAGGGUCCAAAGCCAGUGAGAGGCUCACAGAUGAUGCAGGGGAACAGCUUGACACCCCAGUUCAGCAGCACGGCAGCUGUGCUCCCGCCAGCUCUCAGCCUGACCACACCUGCUUCCACCUCCCAGGAUGCCAGCCAGUGCCAGCCCAGCCCAGACUUCAGCCAUGACCGGCAGCUCAGGUUGUUACUGAGCCAACCCAUCCAGCCCAUGAUGCCCGGGUCCUGUGAUGCCAGGCAGCCCUCGGAGGUUGGCAGGGCUGCACGGCAAGUCAAGUAUCCACAGAGCCAGGCUGUGUUUCAAAACCCAGAUGUGCACACCACCAGCAGCAGCGCCUCGACCCCCGUCCUGCUGAUGGGUCUCCACCCCAGCUUCGCCGCCUCCCAGCCAUCACCCCUGAAGCCAGCCCAGACCCAGCAGCAGCCGCACUUUCUGCAGGUGCAGGCGCCAACCUCUCUGCACAGCGAGCGGCAGGACUCGCUCCUUCUCUCCACCUACUCGCCACAGCCAGGGACCCUGGGCUACCCGCCACCCCCCGCCGCGCGCCCAACCCGAAGGGUCAGCAGCCUGGCUGAGUCCUCAGGCCUCCAGCAGCCGCCCCGGUAGUGCCCCGGCACCUCAGUCUGGUCACAUCAGCUUUAACCAAUGGACGGACAAGGGGGUGGGGGUGGGGUGGGGGUGGCCACGGAGCUGGGGAGAGGAGUUUAAAGGACACCCCCAGGCUUUCGUGCGCCCCGCUUACCUUUCAGAGCUCCCGGAUGGGGACCAUCCCCGGGCGCAGUGGCCAGCACAUAGAAAGGGAGCGGGGACGCCUGCUGUGUAUCCCUUGCCCCUGGGCUUCUCGGCCACACUCUACAGCCAUACCCGGACGGCCCCGCGCCCCCGCGGGAGCGCAUCACUCCGCUCACCUUAGCGAAGGCGCAUCUCUCCGCUUCUCCCCCCGCCGCACCAGCCCCCCUGCGCCUCUGUCGCCGCGCUACUGGUCCUCACCCUGCAGAUCCUCUUUCCACUGCAUUCGAGAAGCACUGCGUCAGAGAUCUGUUGAAGGGAGAGAAUAAAGAGAUGCUUUUUCAUUAUUUUUAGAUGAUUGUUUCUGUUUUACUUUGCACAGCUGCACACGGAAAUAACUUAGGCACUUUCCGAUUUUGAAAAGAGUAAGUUCUCCUGACUUUAUUUGGAGACACCAGUAACAAAAACUGCCCACCAAUCAGACAGCUAAGCUGGUGGCUGUUCACCAGGCUGCAGCCCCACACCCUGUGGCCUCAACCCUAAUGGAAUCAGGCUCUGCACCCCACACUAUUCUGGUGAUUUUUUCCCCUCUAACAUAACACUGGACUGUUUCCUGUUUACUUGGGUGAUUGCAACUACAAAGGCGGACUCAAAGCAAAGCACAAUCACGCAGCUGAGUUCUGGAAUUUCUAUUGAGGACUCUGAAGGGGGAGGUUUCAAAAGCCAGACAGGUCUGUGGAGCGGCAGGCAGGUCCUCCGGACCCCCACCACUGAGCUGGCCCUUUGAGUGAGAAUGCUGCAUCUUUCUACGGAUCUUUCCUGAUAAGACCGAAGAUGGGAGUUUCCUUUUCAAAAUGCACUUUGCUUUUUUUGUAUGUUUUGUUAUGUUGAGAGGUUUCUAAAGAAAAGAUUUUAUGUAAUUAUAAGAGGAAGUGUAGUGAAUUGUACAGCUGUUGUAAUAAUGACCUAUUUCUAUAUAAAAUAAAAUUGUAUGGAUUAUGUGUAAAUUAUUUUGUAUCUAAGACACCAGUUCCUUUCCCAAAUAUAAAAGGAUAAAAAGUU